CUCACGUCCCCUCACCAAAAGCUUUACUUCUUCAGACAUGGAGACUUGGGAGAAGCCAUCUUCUAGACGUCACCACCGUAACCCUUCCUUCUCCUCCACUCUCCUCGACCACAUCUACCGCUCCAUCGACGACUCCCCUCCACUAGAACCCACAAGGAAGAAGAAACUCCUCCAUGAGGAUCUCGACACUUCUCCAGACAAACUAGUCUUUCACCGCCGCUCAAUAGCAGCUGACUUCGAAAGGUCCAGGCGAACCACCACCACCGCCGCCGCCGCCGCCGCAGACUCUCUUUUUCUCAGAUAUUCCAACUCCACCUCCUCUGAUUCAAGUGGACUCUCCUCCUCCGAGUCAGACUCCUUCUACGGACGUUCCAAAUCCUCUGCCUCUCCUCCGCAACCGAAACCAAUCCGUACCUCCGCCGUGAGCUCCGGCGAGAGACCUAGCACCAAACAAGAACUCGGUGGCUUCUUGAGAACCAAGUCAAAAGCGUUGAAGAUCUACACCGACUUGAAAAAAGCGAAACAACCAAUCUCUCCAGGCGGACGACUCGCUACGUUCCUCAACUCGCUUUUCACCAACGUAUCCACUAACCCCAAGAAGCCCAAGAAAAACACCACUUCCAUCUCUGUCUUGUCGGAGACACAGUCAUCCUCCACCACGUGCUCCUCGGCGUCGUCUUUCUCUAGGUCUUGCCUGAGCAAAACUCCCUCGUCUAGUGGAAAAUCUAAAAGGUCCGUACGGUUCUGUCCGGUGAAUGUGAUCCUCGACGAAGAUUCCUCCGUUUACAUCCCUUGCGGUAAUAACAACAACGACACCAAACGUUAUCGCCAAGUUAUGGAGGAGGAGAAUCGCCGCGUUAUCGAAGCGGCCAAGGAUCUUAUCAGAAAGUACCAAAAGAACAAGGAUCUUUUGGCCGUGACAACGUGCGAUGACGUUGAAGAUGAUGAUGAUGCGGCGAGUUGUGCUAGCUCGGAUCUGUUCGAGUUGGAGAAUCUUUCGGCGAUUGGGAUCGAGCGGUAUCAAGAAGAGUUACCAGUAUAUGAGACCACUCAUUUAGAUAAUACUAAUCGAGCCGUUGCUACAAGUUUAAUUGUAUAAUAAUAAUGUUUUAGUUAAGUGGUUGGGGGUGAUUAGUGUUUUUUUUCUUAUAUUGUUCUUUCUUAAAUUCUCUUAUGUUAGUAACUUUUGUGUAACAAUAUAUAUGUUAAAUCAUGGUAUAUUUGGGUCA